UGUGAGCUGUCAGCAUUGGAGGGAAUGAAGGCCUGCAUGACCUACUUCCCCCGGGCCUGUGGCUCCCUCAGAUGACUUCUCUCCUGACACUAUGGGCAGCUAUCGUGUUCGCGUGGCCACUGGGAGCUCCGUCUUCUCGGGGUCUAAGAACCUGGUCCAGCUGUGGCUAGUUGGGGAGCAUGGAGAAGCGGCGCUGGAGCUGCGACUGCGACCCAGUCGCGGAAAGGAAGAGGAAUUUAAUGUAGAAGUCUCCAAGGUGCUGGGUCCCCUCCUGUUUGUGAAGGUGCGCAAACGUCACAUCCUCGGUGAAGACAACUGGUUUUGUGAGCGAAUCACUGUUCAAGGUCCUGGGGACAGUGGAGUGGAGGCUACAUUCCCGUGCUACUGAUGGGUGUUGAGUGAAGGCAUCCUCUACAUACCUGAGGGCACUGCUCGGACAGUCAGGAAUGAUCCCCAGGGAUUCUUCAAGAAAUAUAGAGAGGAAGAGCUGGAGGAGAGAAAGAAGAAGUACAGUUGGAACUCGUGGAAGGAGAAUGUAGUCCGGACAGUCUCUGGGGCUGCUCUGUCUGAUCUUCCUUUGGACGAGAGAUUUCAUGAGGAGAAGAGACUUGAUUUUGAGUGCUCUCUGGCCAAGGGACUUAAAGACCUUGCCAUCAAGGAUACUUUAAAUAUCCUGAGUUCCUGGAAGACACUGGAAGAUUACAACCGAAUUUUCUGGUGUGGUCAGAGCAAGCUGGCAGAGAAGGUUCGGGAUUUGUGGAAGGAGGACUCAUUCUUUGGGUAUCAGUUCCUGAAUGGUGCUAACCCCAUGCUCCUGAGGCGAUCCACCAAACUUCCAGCCCGUCUAAAGCUGCCUCCAGGCUCAGAGGAACUUCAGGCAGAACUAGAAAGACAUUGUCAAGCAGGCUCAUUGUUUGAAGCUGACUUCUCCCUCCUGGAUGGGAUUCAGGCCAAUGUGAUCCUCUGUUGUCAGCAGUACUUGGCGGCACCCCUGGUCAUGCUGAAGUUGGAGCCAGACGGGACAUUGCUGCCCAUGGCCAUCCAAAUCCAGGUACCUGGCGUGGGUUUACCAAAUCCACCGGUGUUCCUGCCCUCUGAUCCCCCUAUGACAUGGCUCCUAGCCAAAGCCUGGGUCAGGAGUUCAGACUUCCAGCUUCACCAACUGCAGUUCCAUCUGCUGAGAGGACAUCUGAUGGCUGAGGUGAUCGCUGUGGCCACAAUGAGGUGCCUCCCAACACUGCAUCCUAUUUUCAAGAUCCUGAUCCCUCAUCUUCGAUAUACCAUGGAGAUCAAUGUCAGAGCCCGGACAGGACUUGUCUCUAAUGGGGGAGUAUUUGACCAGGUAGUGAGCACUGGUGGUGGAGGCCAUGUUACCGUGCUUCAGAAAGCAGGGAAGUAUCUGCACUAUAGGUCACUGUGCCCACCCUAUGACCUGGCUGAUCGAGGGCUGCUGGGGGUAUCAUCUGCCUACUAUGCUCAGGAUGCCCUUCGGGUCUGGGACAUCAUCAAAAGGUAUGUGGAGGGGAUAGUCUAUCUCUACUAUGCAGGGGAUGAGGAUGUGGAAAAUGACACAGAGCUACAGGCUUGGUGCAAGGAGAUCACUGAAAUUGGGCUUCAUGGAGCCCAGGACCGAGAGUUCCCCACCUCCUUCCAUUCCAGGGAAGAGCUCUGCUUGUUUGUGACCAUGUGUAUCUUCACUUGUACCUGUCAGCACUCCUCCGUCCAUCAGGGACAGCUGGACUGGUAUGCCUGGGUUCCGAAUGCCCCGUGCACUAUGCGUAUGCCCCCACCCACCACAAAGGAUGUGACUCUGGAGAUGGUGAUGGCGUCUCUGCCCAAUUUCCACCAGGCAUCCCUCCAGAUGUCUUUAACAUGGCAACUGGGGCGAGCACAGCCAAACAUGGUUCCUCUGGGACAGCACAAAGAGCAAUACUUCUCAGACUCUGCUGCCCUGGCAGUGCUGAAAUGCUUUAGGGAAGAGCUGGCUGUCCUGGACAAAGAGAUCAAAGAGAGAAAUGCAAAGCUGGAUCUACCCUAUGAAUAUCUACUGCCAAGUAGAGUGGAGAACAGCGUCACCAUCUGAGCCCUCCCUGAGCCUACCCAACUGCAACUCCUGCUCCCAUUGCUUAAAUCCUAGCCCACUAUGUGCAUUUCCUAACAUGCUUCAGAGCCCUCUUCUCAAAGCCCUCUGCCUAGAUGGAAGAUAAAUAAAGCUUUUAUUAUUCAUUGAAAUGAACAUUGCACUGGAGUCAGAAUCCUGUCAGCCACUUCCUAGCUUUGUGAUUUUGGACAAGUCAUUUAAGCUUUCCUCCUCAACAGCAUUUCUAUAAAAUGGGAGUGACUACUACUUACAGGAGGGGUGUGAGGAAAGCUUUAGGUAAACAGACCUCUAGAAUAAGGUGGUUUAUGUCAUAGAACAUAGUUGAUCUGUGCUAGAAAGGGGCUUGGAAAUCAUCAUAUCUAACCAUUAAACUUUGUUUUAUUUUAAUUUUCUUUAUUAAAUUAAAUUUUUUCUUUAUUGAAAUGCAAAA